AUGGAUUGUGAGCCGCGCAUGACUUUGCUCAAUCCACCGUAUACAAUUAUAUUUGGUGGAUUAUUCAUCGUCUUCGCAUUGAUUGGAAUAGUAUCCAACAUCGUGGCUUUAAAGAUCAUUAACGUGCCUAUCGUGAAAACACCAACAAAUAAAUUGCUGAUGUCAUUGGUUAUUUCAAACCUUUUAGCUGCACUUAUUUUGAAGCCCAUCUUUGUAUUGCAGCUGUUUAAUCAUUCAAUGAUCAUGAACUGUUAUGUUGAUAUCUUAAGACGCUACUUGUGUAUACUUUUACCUGGCUCAGCUACAUUACUGAUAACUGUUAUUGCGUAUGAUCGCUGUAUUUUACUGACCCGAUUAAACGACUACGAAAGACACAUGACACGAAGAAAGUUUGUCACAUUAACAGCGUUUUGUUUUAUAUUUCCAGCACUUGUGCCAUUUUUAGGUGCAUUUGGAGAUGUUGCGUAUUUGGGUGUGGCACUUUUUUCAACUAUCGGAUCCUUUUUAUUAAUGAUUUUAGCGUUUUAUUUUAUAAAGAAAGCUAUAAAGAAACAUAAUAUAAUGAUGAUAAAACACCAUCGCGAGGCUACGUUGUAUGCAAAUAUGGUGAACAACAGACACAAAGAACAACAAAGAAGGGAAAUGGUUCACGUUAAGCUAUCUAGAUUUGUAUUGUUACUGAUUAUUGUUAAUUCUUUCUGCAUGUCGUUUAGCAACGCGUGGAUUCUGUUAAAUUUAACUGAUAAAAACUACAACUUCAUGGAUACUAUAGUUCAUCAACGUUUUUACUUAGUGGCGAUGACCGUACUUUGUGUAAACGCAUGCAUCAAUCCGUUCAUUUAUUUUUUAAAACAUCCAGAAUUCAAAACGACCUUACGUGAGUUACUUCACAAGUAA